ACCCUCGACAUAGUACUUGCCAGGUAACAAAGCAUAGGGAUGCAUAUACCUUCUGAACUGCUACAGUAUUGAUCUACCUUACCAAUUUAUCUGCCGUUUGCAUCGAGAUCCUCCACAGCACGUUAAAGUCCUGCAAAAAAAGUCUGUGUCGCUGAGCUUGCAUGGCGCUUAAUACCGGGCACAUCAACGGCUAGCGAGGCUGUCAAUCAUCAGAAGCCCCACCCUUACCACUUUUGGCUAAAAACUCAAAGCAGGAGUUCGUGCAGGGUGCAGAGAUAAAGGCAGGGUAGAGAUUAGGACUCAAGGGCCCCAAGAGGAUAUGACUCGCUUACAGAAGGAGCUGCCACUCCACUCAGGAAGGAAGAGAAAAUAAAUUGACUGACCCUUUAAUUACCCUUAAUUGAUGGAGCACACCAGCGUAUGGCACUCCAUGCCCGUAGGAUAAGAUAACUGAUGUACUUGGAAGUGCAAACUGAGGAAUAAUGUGAACGGAUAGUGUCCGACACUCCCACUUUCUAAAUGUAAUUUAUUUGAACAGCAAGACUUCUGGAUGACGGUAGUCAUGCAGCCAGUGUUUGACAGGAGUCCUGCAAGUGCGAUGGGGGAAAAUCAAGGAAAGUUCUCCGCUCUUUGUCCUGUCAUCCACAGGUUUCCAUAAUAUUUUUUAUGUACUAGACAUAUGACCUAAUAGCUCUGGAGAUGGGCAGGCAGGAACAGGCUCCUUUUCCUCACAGGAAUCAUGUGGAGCUGGUUUCGACAGGCACUAGCAGGAGUUGUUGACUUACUUGUUUUGGUCAGUUGAGCUCCGAUCACAGCAAGGAUACCAUGGAAUGCCCUGGGGCGUUCAUCAAAAGGGCUACUAGUGGGCUUCUUGGACCUACGUUAAGCUUCUUGUUGGUAGUCUUGCAAUGCAAAGCACUGGAAAGCCGAGGUAUUGCAGAUGGUGUGCACAGGUUUUCGUCAUUCCCAUCGUAUUUACCUGUCACCUAUCAAAUUCACAAUGCAGAGAUUUCCUUUUUCCUUAAAGAAGCCAACCAGGAUGUUAUGAGGAACUCCAGCCUGCAAUCCAGAGUAGAAGCUUUCUUUAUACACAAAGCCAAGAACCCCCCCAUAUUAAAUGUAACUUAUGAAACUCUUUUUAGUGAGAAAACAGUCCCUUUAGAUUUUAUGGAGACAUCUAAUUCAUUCAUUUCAACAAACAGUUAUACUCUGAACUGGGAACUUAAAGCAUACAUUGUUGAUGAAAAGAUUUUCUUUGACAGGCCAAAAGUGCAAAUUCUUUUUUAUAUAAUUGGAAGAGACUGGGAUGACUACAGCAUUACAGAACAACUUCCUUGUGUUAGAGCAUUUGCCUUUAGGGAGACUCGGGAAGUCCGUGGGAGCUGCAGGCUAAAAGGUGAUCUAGGAAUGUGCGUUGUUGAGCUGGAACUUCUGACAAACUGGUUUAGCCCUCCUUCUGUGGUGCCUGGACGUAAGAAAACAGAUGACCCAGUAGAUGGGUCACCUGUGGAGCUGUACUACAUGAUGCAAACAGAGGAAGAUAAAGGAGAAUGCACCACAGAGGACACACGAAAGCAUAAUGCCAUUCGACCAGGAAGAGAAGACGGUGAUGAGGCACUCCCCCCACUGCAGAGGAUCGGAAGUGUCCACCUCUUCCAGUCCAGGGAAAAUCUGGAACUUAUAGAAUUGAGACUGGAUAACAAUAUUGUUAUUUCCAUGCCACCAAAGCCUGUGAAGUUAGGAGAGGCUUUAAAGGUUUUUAUUGCAAUUUCUAGCAGUUCAAAGGUGGAUCAGUUCACACUGAGAGUCAAGGUGAAGAAAGGUGUUAACAUUAUCAGAGUGCUGGCAACAAACCUCAACGUGUGGGAUGUUAAGCAAGAAAUGGGAAAUGGGGGAAGGCAUUCCUCUGCUACCAUUAUCUGCCGAAAGAUUGCACCAAAUCCUCGAAGCAGAGACAUUCCACUUGUGGAGAUCUUACAGAUGGACUUUGAAAUAAACGGUGUCAGCAGCUUAUCGGGUACCCAGACAAUCACAUGGCAGGCUGAAUACCUUGGAAAGGGUAUGACAGAUCAGGUCACAUCAGAGGUCUUUGUCACUCAGAAAGACGUAGUUGGAAUUGUUGCAUUAGCCAUGGAUUCUGAAAUCUUGAAUACAGCAAUUCUCACUGGAAGGACAGUGUCGGUUCCAGUGAAAAUCUUUGCUGUUGAGGAGGAUGGGACAGUAAGAGAUGUGUCAGAUUCGGUAGAAUGCACCUCGGUUGAUGAAGAUGUGUUAAAGGUUUCCGACAGAUGUGAUUAUGUUUUUACGAAUGGAAAAGAAAUGAAAGGAAAGGUGAAUGUCCAGGUGAAUUUCACGUACCAGCAUUUAAGUACACAACUUGACAUGACAGUCUGGGUUCCCCGUUUACCUUUACAGAUUGAAGUAUCUGAUACAGAGCUGAGCCAGAUCAAAGGCUGGAGGGUACCAAUUGUCCAGGGUAAAAGGUCAGCUAGAGACAGUGAUGAUGAAGACGAUGAUGACAGAAAAGGAAAAGGCUGCACCCUUCAGUACCAGCAUGCAUUGGUACGAGUCCUUACACAGUUUGUGGCUGAAGGACCAGACCCUGGGGGACAGCUAGUCUACAUGCUGGGAUCUGAUUGGCAGUUUGACAUGACAGAAUUAGUGAUGGACUUCCUCAAACUGGAUGAUCCUCAUGUUGCAAAGCUUCAAGAUGGCAGAAUUUUAAUUGGAAGAGAGCUUGGCAUGACAACUAUUCAGGUUCUGUCUCCACUCUCUGAUUCAAUCCUAGCUGAGAAGACAGUGACUGUCCUUGAUGAAAAGGUGAUGAUCACAGACCUUGGGAUUCAGCUAGUGAGUGGAUUGUCAGUCUCACUUCAGCACAGCCCAGGAAGCAACAGGGCUGUCAUCGCUGCAACAGUAGCCCAAGAAUUGCUGCAUACCCCAAAACAGGAAGCAGUGAUCAGUGCCUGGAUCCAGUUCAGUGAUGGUGCUGUAACACCGAUGGAUAUUUAUGAUUCCAAGGACUAUGUCCUCAUAGUCACAUCUGUGGAUGAGAUGAUUGUUUCAGCUCGGCAGGAUAAUCUGCUAAAAUGGCCAGUGGUGGUGGCAGAGGGAGAAGGACAGGGGUCACUAAUAAAGGUAGAAAUGGGGAUCUGUGAAGCAUGUCAGAAGUCUAAAAGGAAAAGUGUUCUGAUCAUUGGAAGUGGAAACAUCAAGGUGAAGUUUGGACAGCCUAAUGCCAGCACAGUAGCAAAUAAAGAAAAUGAUGAUGAGACAGUAGAUAACAACGCAAGUGACAGAAGGCAAAAGAAUACAGGAAAAGAGAAAUUUGGAUUAGAUGGUCAUAAUUAUGGAAGCGCAUCCUCUGACAGAGAAGAAGGUGCGAUGAGAAAGGUUAGCACCACUGCCAAGUCAGCAAUUAACAGGAAAGAACAUGACAAGCUUACAGAUGACGAUAACCAAUUGCUAAAUAUUCCAAUAGAUUUCACAAAUUUUCCUGCUCAAGUUGACAUCCCUGGAAACACUGGUAGUGGGGAGGAAAAUGACCUUCUUCAGACUCCAAAAGGCCUUAGUGACUUGGAAAUUGGAAUGUAUGCCUUGCUAGGUGUCUUCUGUCUUGCUAUCCUUGUCUUUCUCAUAAACUGUGUUACUUUUGCUUUGAAGUAUAGACACAAACAGGUUCCACUGGAAGGGCAAGGAAACAUGGGCCACUCCCAUGACUGGGUGUGGCUUGGGAAUGAGGCAGAGCUGCUAGAGAAUCCUGCUGACUUGUCAUCACCGCAAGAUGAGCACACUACUGUAAUAGACAGAGGAGUGGCUUGUGAAGAGAGUAACCACCUCCUUAAUGGGAACACUCAAAAGUAUGUCCAGACCCAGUUAUUCAGGUCUGCUGACAGUGCAGGUAAAACCACAAAGGAUCCAAAAAAAGAACCUUUAAAUUCUCCCACAUCAAAAAGGAAGCGUGUCAAAUUCACUACUUUUACCACUAUACCACCAGAUGAUGGCUGCCCUACCAUCAAUUCUAUUCUUAUGAGUAAUGAGGAUGAUAUUAAAUGGGUGUGCCAUGAUAUGGACGUGGGGGACUCCAAAGAACUCAGAAACUAUAUGGAGAGACUGCAAGAGAAUGCAUGACAGUUCUAAUGUAUUUGUAGGGAUGGGUUCAACCACACCUUUAAUGCCUGCAGUUAUUGGUGGUAGGAAAAGAAAUGUGGUCUGCACUGAAGUAUAACAAUAUGACAGAAGCAGUGUAAUACCUGUCCUCAAAUGAGGAAAUGUAAUGGUGUUACAAAGUGUCAAUCACUGAAAGGAAACAGCUUUAAAUGUGUAUACACAAAGAGGUAAAGAUACAUAUGAAACUCUUGAGUGGUGUACCACAAAUUAUCUCCUUAAUGCAGGAAAUUUGAAAGGCAUUUAAAAGGCCAAAUUAAUGCUCACUCUGUAUCUCUGACAGCUCACAAAUAUUCUUGUCAGAUCUGACAAAAGCUUGUAGCCUUCCAGAACUGAGUCUGUUAAAUAGCAUUACUGCAGUGCCUCAGUUUUAAAAUAUUUAUAGGCAAGUAAUAAUAAAGCUAUGAACAAGUA